GUUUAUAUUUUUUGUUCUCGUUUUCGCCGGCAUCAGUCUGUUGUGCAAAACAUUUCGGGAUAAAAAAUGAGUGUUUGUUGCGUGUGCCGGAAGCGGAAGAUAGUCGGAUCGGAAACCGUGCACCAUGGGUUUCCGUUGGAUCCGACACUGGCCGCACGUUGGUGCGAAACGCUCGGAUUCGACCGGAUCCCGUCGCAAUACGCGAAGGUUUGCGGUGAGCAUUUCCGUGAGGACGAUUACACCACGUACGACGGAAGUACAAGAAAUAAAACACUAAAAGUUGAUUCCAUUCCAUCGGUGAAUUUGGGAAAUUCGCCGACUCCAUCAUCUCCAGAACCUCCACCCGGUACCCUUGCUGACAGUUUUGAGAACGUUUCAGAAUAUCUUCCAAACAUCGAGAAGAUUCUGCAAAAGUACGCUGUUCCGCAAUCCAUAAAAAUUACCCACGACCCCAGCUCACAAAAAAUUACCAUUUCCUACGCAGCUCUCUUAGAUCCCGUUGCUCCGAAAGAGCAGAAAAUAAUUUGCUCCAAGUGCAACGCAAUUUUCAAAAAGCCUAUUGAUUUACAGCUGCAUAAUAAAAUUUGCCGCGAUAAUCUAAACCCAUACCAGUGCGCUAAGUGCAAUGAUACUUUCAAAACGAUCGCUGAUCUCAGGAUGCAUAAAACUUGCAAACCGAAACCACCGACAGAUUCUCAGUCGGAUUCGGAUGAUUCAAAUGACGACGACGAGAAUGACGAUGACUACAUGCGUCCAAGAAAAGCCUGUAAAGAAUGUGCCAGCUAUAUUUCUGUCGAAAAGAUGAAGAAGCACUAUGCCAAGUUUCAUGUGGGUAAAGCAGCUCCUUUUGCCUGUAGGAUCUGCAAUUCAAGACUGAAUACCUGCGACGAUAUGAGCAAACAUCUGAGAUCACAUUCAUUAGAGCAACUUCAUGCAUUGAAGGACAAGUAUCCCGUAGGACUUCACUAUAGCAGCGCAGAACGAGAAUAUUUCGAAUGCUGCCUCUGUGGAAACGUAUUCAACACGGAACCGACAUGCACUGUUCAUCAGGAUGGUCAUUUGAAGCCACGUGUUCGUUGUCCAAUCUGUCAGCGCAUGUUCAACACACAGGAUUCUUUUGCAAAUCAUCUGAAGAAACACGUGACGAAGUAAUGAGACUGGAGUUACUUCAAUUCUUGGAGGUUUGAUAUUUUUUCACAUCGGCUUAAAAAUAAAGUAAGUUAUAUUCACUCACA